AUGUCGGGGCGGCGGGCGCGGGGCCCGCUGCAACGGGUACAGCGGCGGAGCCGGGAGCUGCAGGCGCAGGUGGAGGAGCUGCGGGCGGAGAGCGUGGCCCUGGCCCCCGGGCAGCGGAAAGCCCUUUCGCAGAGAUGUAUGCAGCUGAAGAAACUGGUGGAUGAGAAUACAAAUGCUCUUCAUGACUUGAAAAAAGCUGAUGAGCCUGCACCCGUGGGGAAUUACAAUCAGAGGAAAGAAGAAGAAGAAAAGCUAUUGCUGAAACUCUCUCAGCAGCUGCAGAAACUUGUUCUUGUCUUGAAUCAGGAUAAUGGGACUACGAAUUCUGCAGCGACAGAGAAUGAAAAUGAAGAAGAGGAUGAGAGUGAAGAUGAUGAAAGUAGUGAGGAGGAAGACAGUGAAGAAGCAGAUGAUGAUGAGGAGGAUAAAUUGUUGGAUGAUCCAAAUGUUAAAGAAUGUAUUGCAGUUGGAAACUUUAAUGCACAGCAGGAAGGGGAUCUCACAUUUACGAAAGGUGAAGUCCUACUUAUACGUGACAAGAAGGCGGAUGGCUGGUGGGUAGCCGAAAACUCAAAAGGGGAGAGAGGCCUCGUUCCUAGAACCUAUCUUGCGGUCCAUAAUGAAGAUGGCGAAAGCCAAGAGCAAAGUGAAGAACACAUAGAAGUGGUGGAUGAAACAGCAGAUGGAACUGAAAUUAAAAAAAGAACAGAUUCUCACUGGAAUGCUGUAAGAAGAGCUAUCACAGAGAAUGACACAGUAGAGGUACUGGCAACCAUAGGAGCAGUUCCUGCAGGAUUCCGCCUAUCCACACUUUUCCAGCUCUUAGAGGAAGGCAGUCAGUUUCGAGCAAGUUACUUUUUGCAGCCUGCACUUACUCCAUCGCAGUUGGCUUUCAAAGACUUGGUGUGGAACUCUGAAAAAAAUACUAUCUAUCCUAGACCAACUCGAGUAUCCCUGAUUGUAACUUUAUGUAGCUGUAAAAUGAUUCCUCUCCCAGGAGUCAGUAUACAGGUUCUCAGCAGACACGUUCGACUCUGUCUAUUCGAUGGCAACCGGGUGCUGAGUAACAUUCACACAGUGAGAGCUACGUGGCAACCUAAAAAUCCUCAAACGUGGACCUUUUCUCCAAGGGUAACGGGCAUUUUACCCAGCUUGCUCGACGGUGACUGUUUUGUCAGGUCCAGCUCUCUGUCUUCAGACAUUGGUAUAUUAUUUGAGCUUGGCAUCACUUAUAUUCGCAAUUCAACAGGUGAAAGAGGGGAGCUAAGCUGUGGCUGGGCAUUUCUGAAGCUUUUUACUUCUAAUGGAAUGCCUGUUCCUUCCAAGAUGUAUGAGCUGCUAUUAAAUGGUGGUACUCCCUAUGAGAGAGGUGUUGAGGUUGACCCAUCAAUAUCAAGAAGAGCAGGCAGUGGUGUUUUUCAUCAGUUUAUAACACUCAAGAAACAGCCUGUGCUUGUAGUGAAACUGAGGUCACUAAGUGCGCAGUCGAAAGACAUCCUGAACUUGCUACCAGAAACGUUAAUUGGCAGUAUGUGCUACAUCCACCUCUUGAUAUUUUAUCGACAAAUACUUGGUGAUGCACUCCUGAAAGACAGAAUAAGCAUGCAAAGCACAGAUUUGAUCUGUAAUCCUAUUUUAGCAACUUUCCCUCAACUCAUGGAUCAGCCAGACCUGAUGGACGCACUUCGGAGCGCUUGGGCAGAUAGAGAAAGAACGUUGAAGAGAUCUGAGAAGAGAGAUCGAGAAUUUCUGAAGUCUCUGUUUGUCCUGGUGUACCACGACUCUGUCUUCCCUCUCCUCCAGUCCACUUUGCUCCCCGACUACAAGUGGGCUGAGGAAGAGUCUGAAGCAUCUCGCUGGAAGGUGAUUGCUGACUUUUUGAAGAAGAGCCAAGAGAAUGAUGGUGCACUUCAGUAUCUGCUGUCAUCAGAAAACACUCACAAAGCCUUCGAUAUCUCAGAGCUGGCUUACGAUUUCUUAGGAGAAGUGAGGAAAAACAAUCCUGGAGUAUGAAUGGAUUACAGAAGAACGACACAGGCUAUGUAAGAAUGGGGUAACGAUAUGAAUAAAUUCUUACAAAAAAGAAACUGUGUGUGCUA